AUGCCAUGUCCCUGCCCUGCUGUCCCCAGCCCCGUGGUGGCCCUGGCAGGCUGGUGUCCCCUGUCACCCACAGGUGCCCAGAGCACCCAGCUCCUGGUGGAGCCCCCCUGGACGCCAGCAGUGCUGUGGGACCGGGUGUCACUGACCUGCCAGGGCUCAGGGACCACUGGUGACACCACCUGGUACAAGGACAGGCGGCGCUGGUGGCAGAAAGGACCCGACAGAUUCACUGUCACCAAGAGUGGAAUGUACACGUGUCAUAGACCCAGCAGUGGGCUCAGCCCCACCGUGAUGGUAUCAGAUGAGCCACUGGAGCUGCAGGUGCCAGCACAGGCACUGCUGGAGGGGGACACGGUGACACUGCGCUGCCGGGCCUCGCAGGACAACCCUGUCACCAGGGUGCGAUUUUACAAGGAUGAGAAGGAGCUCAGAGGGUCCCUCAGAGGCUCCCAGAUGUCCCUGUCCCCUCUGCAGCUGCAGGACAGCGGCCGCUACAGCUGCGGGGGCUUGGUGGGAACAGGAGCAAAAUUGUCAGCGCCAGUGACAGUGACAGUGCACGAGCUCAAGCCUGUCUUGGUGCUGAAAGGUUCCCCCGAGCUCCCCGAGGGGUCCCCCCUCAAUCUCAGCUGCCUCAGCACCCCCAGCCCCCUGCGGCCCCCAGCCCCCCUCCUGUACAGCUUCUACCGGGACGGGCAGUUGGUGGGGGGCCCGCAAGGGUCCCCGCAGCUCCUGGUGCCCGCCGUGGGGGUCUCCCACUCGGGGAAUUACAGCUGCGAGGUGCGCUCCGAGGGGGGGGCCGUGCGGAAGAGCAGCGCCCGGCUCGGCGUCACGGUGCGCGGGGUCCCGCCCUCGGGGGUGUCCCUGUCAAUGCAGCCCCCCGGGGGACAGGUGGCACUGGGGGACCGCCUGGUGCUGAGCUGCACGGUGGCCAUGGGGACAGGUCCCCUGUCCUUCUCCUGGCACCGGGGGGGCUCAGGGACACCACUAAGCACAGGACCUGACCUGGAGCUGCGGCACGUUGGGGACAAUGACAGCGGCCACUACCAGUGCCGGGUCAGCAAUGGGGACAGUGUGGCCGAGAGUGUCCCCCUGAAUGUCACCGUCUUGGUGCCCGUGGCCAAUGCCACCAUCACCCCCGGUCCCCCGGCACUCCAGGUGCGCCCAGGUGACCCCGUGACCCUGCGCUGCUCGGUGCAGGUGGGCUCAGCCCCUGUCACCUUCACCUGGCUGCACAACGGGCACGAGGUGGCCCAGGGUCCCCUCCUGGAGCUUGGGGACAUUGAUGUGGGACAUUCAGGCACCUACCAGUGCGUGGCCACCAACCAGCUGGGACAGGACGGGCACCGCGUGUUCCGGGCACUCAGCCCAGAGCUGGCCCUGGAGGUGACACCACAGGGAACCACUGGACACCACUGGAGCACAGCAGUGGCCGCAGGCCUUGGCGGGUCCCUCCUCUUCCUGGUCCUGCUCGUGGGUGGAGCUGUGGGCUGGCACCGGUGGAACAACAUGGGUGACGGGAAGCAGCAGGAAAGGGCCCCCCCGGAGCCCCCGGCCCCCCCAGAGGAGGGGGAGGUGCUGUACACCCACGUCGUGAGCACCAAGCAGACGGGGGCGUCCCCCCGUGCCACCACACUCCAGGAUCCCCAGGUGACCUACGCUGAGCUGCCAGCAGCCCAUGGGUGACCGCGGGAAUAUGGGGACAUCUGCGGGAAUGUGCUGUGACACUCGGGCCACUGGGGGCACUGGAGGUCCUUUCCCGGGGGCACCCUCCGUGUGUCCCUACCCUCCCUGCUCCCACGGGUGCCCACUGUAGCAAUGUAUUUGAACAUCUUAGGCCACAGCGUGCUCCUGUCAGUACUCUGGCCAAAUCAUUUUUAGGUUGGAACUGGAAGUUGUCAAAGCUCCUGAAACAUAAAUUGUGCUAAUCUGGGAAAGAAGAAGCAGAAAACAGGUUACCAAGACUGCAAGAGCUAAGAUAAAGAAGGGCCUGGAAGCACUGGACUCUAACCAAUCAUAUUUCCUGAGAGAUGCGAGCAGAGCGCGUGGAGAAGACAGAGGCACCAAUCAAGAACUGCUUGAUCCCAUGGACAGUAGUUUUGGAAUGUGUAAGUAGAGCAUAAUGUAAACAAUAAAGUGGCUUCUGCUUAAUCACACUGGUUAGCUGUUCAGAAGUCCUGAGUUCCUGCGUGUUGGUGACUCCACGAUGUGAUCAGCACUGUGAUAAUGAAGCAGAGCAUCACAUCCUUUGGACUCUGCAGGGCUCUGUGGAGUGAACAGGCGGGAGGCCCGGUCGGAGACCGGCACUGCAGGACCGCGCUGGGGGAGUCGGAGGGCAGCUCCAAGGAGUAGGGGACAAAAACGGGUCCAGGGAGAAAGGCUCUGGAAAAAAUAGGUACACUGCAGUGGGGACACUGGGAAAAGGGGAGCAGCCGGGGCUGGAAGGGUGGGAAAGGCAGUGUCAAAAGAAGAAGAGGCCACGCUGAAUGUCCUCCAGCUUAUUCUCUCAAAGAGAGCAGUGAAGUAUGACACAGAGGUCUUAAAAAGACUCUUGUAACGGGGUCAGGAGAGAGGAUUUUUUUGCCAUGCCCGGAAGUGUUUUCAACACCUUCGAGUGGGAAAGGCUGGGAAUAACUCUCUGGCAUGCUGUAAGCGAUGGGUCGAAAGAAACUAAGGGACUCAGAAACGGAAUAUACAAAGUAGCCAAAGGCUACGGCUACGGGGAGCCGCAGGAUGGCAAGGAACAGGAAAAGGUUAUGAACUGGAAAAUAUAUGGUACUGUUAAGCGUGGGAGCAUGAACGAGUCAUGGGGACAGCGGUCUCAAGAACCCUGGUGAGGGAACAGCCAGGAGUCGGAA